AUGGCGACCGCAGUAGAUUGCGAGGUAGUCGUCGUGGGCGCCGGGCCCGUCGGCCUGAUCACCACACUCUUGCUCGCAAAGGCCGGCAUCAGCACGACUCUCAUCGAGGGGCUCCCUGACAUUGACAACUCUCCUCGCGCCAUGGCCUACGGACCAGCAGCUGUCUUGGAGCUCGAGAGGGCCGGAAUAGCCCCAGAUGCCCGCAAGGCUGGUAUGGAGCCGUCCGACUACGAUCAUCGGCUUCGAUGGAUCACCAUAGACAACAAAUUAGUGGCAGAGUUCAAGCCAGAGGACAGACUCCCAGGAUCACCGGACCCGUGUCUAUGCGGGCAGUAUACGUUGGCACGAAUCAUUCAGGAGCAUCUAUCCCGAUAUCCUUGCGCAAAGGUGCUGUUUAACCAUAAAUGUGUCGACAUCGAGCAAGACACAGAUUCGAUAACAGCAAUCAUCGAAACUCUUGACGGAACCAAGCACAUCAAGGCAAAGUACCUGGUCGGGAGCGACGGCGGACGAUCUUCCGUGCGCAAAAUCCUCGACCUCGGCUACGAAGGCUUCACCCUUCCUCAGUGGCUGGUCGCGUGCAACGUGAGGUACCCAUUCAGAGAGUAUGGCUUUGCCCGGGGUCAAUUCAUCAUCCAUCCGGAGCACUUUUGUAUGGUCGGCAAGAUCGAUCCCACAGGAUUAUAUCGAGUGUCGUAUAACGAACAGGAAGAUCUGACCAGGGACGAGGUGCUGGCCAAUGUCCACAACAAAUUUGAGGCCAUCUUUCCAGGUCCCAAGCCCCUCAGCAAGGAUGCGUAUAAGAUCGAGAUGAUCAGCCCGUACCGCCUACAUCAGCGAUCGGCCACUUCGUAUCGGAAGGGUAGAGCUUUGCUCGCAGGAGAUGCAGCCCAUGCGUGUUCUCCUUUUGGCGGGAUGGGUCUGACGGGUGGUAUAUGCGACGCUGGAGGACUUGGCGACUGUCUGAUAGGCGUCUUGCGAAAGGGAUGUGAUGACUCUUUGCUGGACAAGUAUGCUGAGAUUCGACGCAAGAUAUACAAGGAGAUCACCGAUCCCGUCAGCUAUGGCAAUACCUGCGCACUCCGGGAUAGUGACCCCGAGACUGCAGCGACAUCUGUUGAGCCGUUCAAGACGAUGAACACAUCACCAGAGGCCCGAAGGGAUAUGAUGAAAAACGCAUACCUGGUCGGACACGAUUUCCGACAGUAUUGGCCAACGAACGUCGAAACCAGGAACAAGGAUGAAAAGCAUCCCGCCGUGGCAACAACGGCAGUGAUUACCAGUGCAGGCCCGAAGAUCUAG